GGGGUAGACGGGAAAUUAAAAAAAAAAAGAGAGAAGGAAAGAAACGGGAGAACCGUGAAGAAUCUCGGUAUCCGUCGGUGUAAUCGUGUCCGCUCAGGCGAUUUGCAAAACCCCGAGAAAGGAAAAAAUGUGUGAGAGAGGCAGAGAGCGCGCGAAAUAGGCGGGGUGGGACGACCGAGGGAGAGAAGGGAGAAGGGAGGAUAACCGGGAGGAAGAGCGAGCGAGAAACGCAGGGAAGUCGGGUAGGGAGAUAGAGACGGAAAGAAAGAGACGCGAAACGCGUGCGAGCGAAAGAGAUCAGAGAUCGCGGUGGAGGAGCGAGCGAGCGAGCGAAUGAGAGAGAAAGAGACAGAAAGAGAGAGAGCAUGCUGAUCCGCAAAAUACGGUCUCGUUACGCUAUCGUUGCUGUUGGGUCAUCUAAUCGCCACUGAAAUUAUCGUCUCGCCAGUGCAGAGUGACGAAACACGCUCUCUCCGGGAGCAAUCAGUUUUCGAGGGUACUGGUUCCGUGGCGCUCGCACGAUCUUUCGAAUUGCGCCGGGCAGGAGAGAGAGAGAGAGUGAGAAAGAGAGACAGUCCUUCGAACGCUGAUCGUUCCUGAUCGUGGCUCGUUACACCGUGGCUCGUCGUCCGUGUGUCUUCGUUUUCGCGUGUCACGUUGAUCGUCGUCGCCCUCCACCUCCUCCUUCUCCUCGUCUUGGCACAUACAUAUAUGUACGCAGGCCUGAUCUGGACUCGCCUGGUCCGGACCGAUCGGCUACCGGGCCUGGUCAAGGUGAACGUUGCCGGCGCGAGGAGAGAAAUUGCGCGAUGUUCGCGGUGUUCGUGACCGAGAGAGAGAACGGCCCUCGUGAGACCUCAGCCGAGCGAUGAUCGUACGAGAUUCGCAAGCGCGGUGCCCGUGAAACGCGGUCCCGAACGUCUCCAUUCUCCUCCGCUUGGAAAACGUUUUCUCGCGUUCGUCGCGUUCCGCGUUUGUGCGCGUUUGUACGCCUCGUUCACGUACGGUCGCGCGCGCGAUGUUCAACGUGGUCAAACGCCGGCCGACAACGUCGAUACGUUCAGCCGUGACGGUGUUUGCCGAUCGGUCGGGUUUGCAUCGGUUUGCGCGUGAUACGUGAACGAAAUCAGUGAUCAGUUUGUCGCCCGGUCGAUCGUGUGCCAGCGAGAGCAACGCUCGUGGAAAUGGACGAUCCUCGUAGCACGUUGAGAAACGGAGUUCUGUUUCAUCGCGGUUGUUCGAGUGUUCUUGUCGCUGUUCGAUUGAACGACGCCGACGAGGAGCCGCGCUCCACGUCGUUUGAAUAUCGUGUUGCGCUUACGCUACCUCCGGUCUCGUGUUCGCGUUAAAUGUCCAACCGGGAAUUUCGAGCGCAGAGUCCAUUCCGUAGCGCGAGUACUCGAGUACCGUUUCGCGAACCUUCGCGAGCGAGUGUAUAUCGUGCAAGUAUGUAAUUGCGAGUAAGUCGCGAUUUCGCGCAGAGGACAACGCUGUUUCAGCGAUCGUUAAUCGUCCAUCUUAAUUUCACCUAUCUCGUUGGAUAUUUAACGUUUCCGCGGGGCCGAGGAAAGUGCACGGUGUACCUGACUAGAAAGGAUCUCGAAGGAACGCGAUAAAACCUCUUCGUAACAAGUGAUUCUCUCUCGGCUCGCUCGCGCUCUCUCUUUCUCUGUUAUGAAGCAUCGAAUUGUAAUCUAUUUUCGAGAGGAAAAAAAAAUACCAACGGAGGGACAGAGAAAAUAAAAAUACGACUGAACGAAGACAGAGAAAUAGAGGGGGAGAGAGAGAGAGAGAGAGAGAGAAAGCUAUCGAGCGUGGCAAGAGUGAACGUUAUCUCUGCUGUAGGUUUAUCGCGAUAUUCCUCUUUGGCGUCGUCAUCGAAACAGGAUCAUUUUCGCCGGUUGACAUGACGAGGAUAUCGCCAUCGGCUGGUGAUCCCAGAUCGUUAUUGGACAGUAUAAAGUCAAUCGCGGCGAAUAACACGACUGGUUCUCGUUUAGCUCAGCUAACCCGGCUACCCGACUUGGACCAGCAGAACUACACAUGAUCGGUCUGUGGAACUUUGCUUAUUUCAGAGAUACUGGCGCGCCCUACGUAUUAUACAAGGACAACAUGGAGAGACCCCAGGGGCAAUGGGGCCCCGGGCCGGGAUCUCUCCAGGACGGGGGACUGUACCCGCAGCAACAGCAACAACAGCAACAGCAGGGCUCCUCCUCGUCCGGCAGUCCACAGCAGGCCUGUGGUCCCCCUGUCGAGGGAGAAAGCGGUCCCCCGCCUUCGUUGGCCUCUCCCGUGCCCUCACCGUAUCCCUCGGCACCGCCUGAGCCUCAAGCCUUAACCCCACCUGACGACGAUAUACAAUCGAAUCAAGCCACCUCUCAACAGCAACAGCAGCAACAGCAGCAGCAGCAGCAGCAGCAGCAGCAACAACAACAGCAACAACAGCAGCAACAGCAGACGCAACAGCAAGUUCAACAGCAGCAGCAGCAACAGCAGCAAGUCCAACAACAGCAACAGCAGCAGCAGCAGCAGCAACAACAGCAGCAACAACAAACGCAACAGCAAGAUCACUCGCCUCAACAGCAAUUAACGCCGCACGAGGUGGACCGGAGCGAUUGUUUCCCCGGUGCUGGAGAACUGCAGCAGUAUCCGCAGCAUUAUUUCAAGGAUGCGAGGCCGCAUCCGUCGCCGUCGGUACCCCCGCACAUGCUCACACCCGGCGGUUUCUCCGCGUUACACUAUCUCAAGCAACCAGGCGUGAUGCUGACGUCCCUCGGUCAGGGUGACGGCGGGCCCAGUCUGGACGCCCACCAAUACGCAAGUCCCGGGGCACCGAACAUGGCGACUGGGCUGCCGGAUAUCGUGCAACAGAGCGGCAAGUCCGGCAAGGGGGCGAACAGCGAUCUCCGUUUGUUCAAGUGUCUGACGUGCGGGAAAGAUUUUAAGCAGAAAUCGACGCUGCUUCAACACGAGCGGAUCCAUACGGACAGUCGGCCAUACGGGUGUCCAGAGUGCGGGAAGCGGUUCAGGCAACAAUCGCAUCUAACGCAGCACCUGCGCAUACACGCGAACGAGAAGCCGUAUGCUUGCGUGUACUGCGAGCGUACGUUCCGGCAGCGUGCCAUCCUCAACCAGCAUCUGCGCAUCCACUCGGGUGAGAAGCCAUACCAAUGUCCGGAGUGCGGAAAACACUUCCGUCAGAAGGCGAUCCUGAAUCAGCACGUCCGCACACACCAAGACGUGAGUCCGCAUCUGAUCUUCAAGAAUGGAAUGACGCCGACACUCUGGCCGCAGGACGUACCGUUUCCACCGGAGGAGGGCAAAGAGGAGGUAGGAUCGACGUUCGGCGACACGGACACACAGUCGGGUGCGUUCAGCCCGGCGCCGGACGCCAACUCGAUCCAGUAUCCAGCUUACUUCAAGGACCCGAAGGGCGGGAAUCACGCGGUUUUCGGUGCUAGUGGCACCGGUAGCUUCGGUGCUCUCCAGUAUAUCAAGCAACAGGGCGGUAGCAAGAGCUGUCUGCCGGACGUGAUACAGCACGGCCGCUCCGCGGGCAUGCCGCUGUACGUGCGAUGCCCGAUCUGUCAGAAGGAGUUCAAGCAAAAAUCGACGCUGCUGCAGCACGGCUGCAUACACAUCGAGUCGAGACCGUAUCCUUGCCCGGAGUGCGGCAAGAGGUUCAGGCAACAAUCGCACUUGACCCAACACCUUCGCAUCCACACGAACGAGAAACCGUACGGCUGCGUCUACUGCGGCCGUAAUUUUCGUCAGCGUACCAUCUUGAAUCAACAUUUGCGCAUUCAUACCGGCGAGAAGCCGUACAAGUGUCAACAGUGUGGCAAAGAUUUCCGUCAGAAAGCGAUACUGGACCAGCACACGCGCACCCAUCAGGGCGACCGGCCCUUUUGUUGCCCGAUGCCGAACUGCAGGCGGCGUUUCGCCACCGAGCCCGAGGUGAAGAAACACAUCGACAACCACAUGAACCCACACGCGGCCAAGGUGCGUAGGAACUCGAGCAGCGACUCGAAACCACCGGGCACACCGGCUGGUUUAGGCCCAGUCCCCGUGCCGAGGGGACUCACACCGACCGUGGUGAAGCCAGAGCUCUACUUCCCGCAGUGUUACGCGCCCGCGUUCAAUCAUCAACCGCCAGUGUCGACGGCGCAGUUCCCGGCCCAGGCGAACGGGGUUUCCGUUAGCGGCGAGUUCAAACCACCGACCGGUCUGCCGCCGCAGUGACUAACCGUCCAUCCUGCCGCCUACUAGCAAGCAGGAAUACCGCUGAGAUUUCAGCGAUGCUUCGGUCACGCGUUACAGACCGACGCCGCCACCGCUGCCGCUGCCGCCGCCGCCGCCGCCUCGACGACGUCGAGUCUCGCGUCGCACCGAUGCAGCCAGCCCAUCCAGCAACACUACCCGUGACAUUUAUCGUGCAUUUACUAGACUCUUUCUUUUCGUUUCGCGGUUCGCUUACUUUCCUCGUUCCAUUGCUUCGCACAGCCUCGGAACGCGUCGCCAGCUAGUCAUCAGCUCGACGAUAAUCGACACCGCGACUCGCCUCUCUCUCUCUCUCUCUCUCUUUCUUUCUUUUUCUCUCUCUCUUUCUCUCACUCUCUUUCUCUCUCUCUCUCUCUCUCUCUCUCUCUCUCUCUCUCUCUCUCUCUCUCUCUCUCUUUCUGUUUCUGCAGUUCGAGAAACCGCGCGCGUGCGUCCCGGGUCUAUGACACGUUCACCGUACACGUUUACUCUUAUUACUCCGAUAGAGAGACCGGUGCCCUCGUCCGACCAGUGUGGUCCGUUUCUACUUGUGCGGUCCUAGCCUGCUAUCCUUCGUUACGCGGACCAGCCCGUAAGUAAUCGCGAAGCUCGCCAUCAACUACACCUCACAAUAGCAACUUGUUCUUCUUUUCGAUCACCGAUCAUCGUCGUUACCCGCGUUACGAAUAUAUACCUGCGAUUCAGCGAAAGCAGCCGACCGAAACCGCGCAUCUUCUCUCCGCUGUGGUUGAUGGUUCUACGCGAUUGCGUUCUAGAAGCAAGAUGGCAAAGUGGUACGAGCAACACACAACGCUGCUCGUGUCGGCUGACACAAGCCAAGUCACGAACGAACGAACGAGCGAGAACGGGCUACGCGGUUACAGAAACGGGGAGGGGGAGAGAGCUUGUGAACGGAUGGCAGUCAGAUCGCGCAGGAAGACACGCAGAGUCGUUGUGUCGUUCGUCGUCGAGCUGAUCGCUGGCGCCAGAAAACUGGUGGUGACUCAACCAACGAAGAAUCUCGUCUAUUCUCCCCAUACGUAUUUUUUAUAUAUUAAUGAAUUAACAACGUACCUUCUCGCGUUUUUUUCGUGGAUAAGCGAAUAGCUCGAGAGUGUUCGGUGGUUUUUCGCGCGCGCAGGCAGGCAGGCCGUCCGAGGUGUCGUUCGUUACACCGUUCACACACACGAUGCAUACGCAUGACAGAAACAGACAGAGACAGACGUAGAGACACACUCGUAUAUAUUCGAGGUACGUUUCGACAAACACAUACACAUAUACGUGGGUUUGAAGAUGUUCGGUUCGACGAUCAGAUGAGAAGCAAACAAAACAAAACAAAACAGAAAAAAAAUUGAUAACAAUUGUGAUACGAUAUCUAACUUGCCUAUGUUUAAAUGAAACAAGAAAAAAAAAAGAAAAAAAAAUGAAUAAAAAGAAAAAGGAAAGGAAAAGAAAGAAGGAAAAGAAAGAGAUGUACGUGUGAUGGGAGGAAGAUACGUUGCCUCGAGAGGGAGGUGAAUACACGACCACGAGAAGAAUGCCUGUAAAUAUGUAAAGCCGUUCACUUCGACGAACAAACAAAACCGAGUGGUAGAUGAGAGAGAGAGAGAGAGAGAGAGAGAGAGAGAGAGAGAGAGAAAGAGAGGGAAAAAAAUGUUGAAAUGGCGCGAAAAAGAGCGAGCAAGAGAGUGCGUGUUUGGCUGCGUGGAUGCUGCGUGGAUCCGUGUGCGAAUGAGCAGAAAUGAGAGAGAAAGAGAGAGAGAGUCGCGAAUGCACGAGCAAAAUCGAGGGUGGAACGAGUGGGUAGAAUCGCUGAGGGAUAGGAGAAGGAUGAAAAAAAAAAAGAAGGCGAAACGGAGGAGGAAGAAGAUGCGGAGAUGGGGGGGGGGGGGGGGGGGGGGGGUGGGGAGAACGAAUAUGAGGGGAUAAAAGGGGGAAGAAGUAUGGAUGAGAAAGGAGGGUAAAAGAAAAAUGUGUGCGAGAGAGAGAGAAAGAGAGAGAGAGAGAGAAAGAUGGAAAGGAAAGAAGAGAGAUUAGGUAGGAUUUACGAGGACAGCGUAUCCUCCCAGAGUGCUGAGCCAUAGCUUUUCGGGGUACGACAAGUUGACGAUGACGAUAGUUGCGCGAGGGGAGGGUACGAUUCUUGUAUACUAUAGUAAUAUUUGAAUGUAUAUUUAUACAACAGGUUAUAUUAUUCUAUUAACUAUAAUGAUGAUAUUUUGAAUCGGUUUUAAAAUCAGAUUGGUGCUGAACGUAACACUAGGUAAGCGACACAAAGCAAAACAAGAAAAAAAAAAAAAUCACGAAAGAGGAGGGAACGUGGAAGAAGGCUGAGACACCGUAGACUAGCGUAAGUAGGGUAGUCGAUAGAGUAGAACUCGAGAGAAGAAAAGGAGGAGUAAAGCCGUGGGGGGGAAGAAAAAGAAGAGGAAAAAGAAAAGACUUUCGAAGGACCCUCGUGAAGUCCGCUCAUCCGGAACUUAAUAAUAAUAAUAUUAAUAAUAAUACUAAUAAUAAUUACUAGUAAUAAUAAUAAUUAUUAUUAUAAUAAUAACGCAAUUAUCAUCACAUCUGCCGGUGAACAGAAGGUAAAAA